UACAUAAGUGUCCGUGCAGGUGUUUCAGUCAAAGAGGAGUGACUCCAGCAACACUGCUGUCCGCUGGUCCCCCCCCUCAGCAAAAUGUCUCGAGAUUAUUUUGGAUUCUCCUUAAUAAGGAGCAAUGCCGCAAACACCACAAGCACCGUGGUUCUUAACAACGCAGCAGAUAUCUCGGUUAUUGUGAUUUACUUUUUGGUCGUCUUGGGUGUUGGAGUAUGGGCUAUGGUCCGCACCAACCGAGCCACUGUCGGUGGCUUCUUCCUUGCAGGGAGGAGUAUGGUGUGGUGGCCAAUUGGAGCAUCACUCUUUGCCAGCAACAUUGGCAGUGGCCACUUUGUAGGAAUCGCUGGGACUGCUGCAGCUUCAGGAAUAGCCAUCGGUGGAUUUGAAUGGAAUGCACUUAUAGUGGUGGUCAUUCUGGGAUGGCUCUUCGUGCCCAUCUACAUCAAAGCUGGGGUGGUCACCAUGCCUGAGUACCUGAAGAAGAGGUUUGGAGGACAGCGUAUUCGUAUCUAUCUGUCCGUGCUGUCCCUCUUCCUCUAUGUCUUCACCAAGAUUUCAGCGGACAUGUUCUCUGGCGCCAUUUUUAUCAACCAGGCUCUUGGGUUGAAUAUCUAUCUUGCUGUUAUUCUGCUAUUAUUGAUUACUGCGCUGUACACCGUCACAGGUGGACUGGCUGCAGUGAUCUACACAGACACCCUACAGACCAUCAUCAUGGUUAUUGGAUCAUUCAUCCUCAUGGGCUUUGCUUUCCAUGAGGUGGGAGGCUAUGAAAAUUUUCAGCGCCUUUACAUGGAUGCCAUCCCUUCUAUCACUGAUAAUAUCACUGCAAACUGCUACGAGCCUCGGCCAGACUCCUUCCAUAUUUUUAGGAAUGCGAUUACAGGAGACCUGCCUUGGCCUGGCCUUGUGUUUGGACUCACCAUCCAGGCCACCUGGUACUGGUGCACUGAUCAGGUGAUUGUUCAGCGUUGCCUCUCAGCCAAGAAUUUAUCACAUGUGAAGGCAGGCUGUAUCUUAUGUGGCUACCUGAAGCUGCUGCCCAUGUUCCUCAUGGUUUUCCCCGGGAUGAUCAGCAGGAUCCUCUAUGCCAAUGAGGUGGCAUGUGUGGAUCCAGCUGAAUGUGAAAAAUACUGUGGAGCCAGUGUGGGCUGCACCAACAUUGCUUAUCCCAAACUGGUAGUGGAUCUCAUGCCUAAUGGUCUGCGAGGUCUUAUGCUGUCUGUGAUGUUGGCCUCCCUGAUGAGCUCAUUAACCUCCAUCUUCAACAGUGCCAGCACUCUCUUUACAAUGGACAUCUACACUAAGAUCCGCCGCUCAGCCACUGAGAGGGAACUCAUGAUUGCCGGCAGAGUGUUUAUCCUGGCCCUGAUUGGUGUGAGCAUAGCAUGGAUCCCUGUGGUGCAGUCAGCCCAGAGUGGUCAGCUCUUUGACUACAUCCAGUCCAUCACCAGCUACCUCACACCGCCCAUUGCAGCUGUCUUCAUGCUUGCCAUCUUCUGCAAACGUGUCAAUGAGUCCGGUGCAUUUUACGGCCUCAUGAUUGGCCUGGCUAUUGGCCUGUCCAGGAUGAUUACUGAGUUCGCAUAUGGGACAGGCAGCUGUGUCAGCCCCAGUAAUUGUCCCACCAUCAUAUGUGGAGUCCACUACCUCUACUUCUCCAUCAUCCUGUUUGUUGUCUCCUGUGUCAUCAUCCUGACAGUCUCUCUGAUGACAAAACCCAUUGCCGACAAACAUUUGUAUCGACUUUGUUGGAGCCUGAGGAACUGUACGGAGGAGAGAGAGGACCUUGAACAGGAUGACUGGGCUGAUAACCAACAAGAUUCCAACACUAUGGACAUGGACGAACCCGAGGAGGAGCCAGGCUUUUGCAAGAAGGCAGUGAUGUGCUUCUGUGGCCUGGAGCAGCAAAAAACUGUCAAGCUGAGCCCAGAAGAGCAGGAGGAGCUGCAGAAGAAGCUCACAGACACCACAGAGGUGCCGCUGUGGAGGAAAGUUGUCAACGCCAAUGCUCUCAUCCUGCUGGCUGUCGCUGUUUUCUGCCAUGGUUAUUUUGCUUAAAGAGAUUCCAAUUUCUCUCAGAUGCUGUAAUCUGUUUUUAAGUGGACUGAAUGGACAUUAGUUGGAUAUGAAUUUAAUUUAUGAUCUGAUGAACUGCCCACAGCUCUAAAAUAAGACCAUGCACUUGCACACCUUUCUACACUAUAUCAUUAUGACUAUGGAUAUUGUACAGUCAUGUACGGCUAUUGAACCCACCCAGGACAUAAAACAUCAUAUAUUUUGUGCCUAUCUAAAACCUGAAGAAACUUAAAGGUCUUUGAUUUUGCCAUUAUAUUAUCACUUGAUGCACUUAAAACACUGUAAUAUUGAGCAUAAUUAAUCACACAUGCAUUUGCUGCACAUUGCCCUGACCCCCUGCACAGUUUUAGGUCUUCCAGCGUUAACUUUCAGUAUUUUCUUCUUUGUAUUUACUAUUGCUUUUGUGAAUGUAAGAGAGAGGGAAAGAAUGGCUUUGGAAAUUAGAACCGCUCAUGAAUGGAGCUGCAGGGUGACUCACGCUUGUUUUCACCUGAAAACCAGCCUAAAGUGCACUCAUGCUACUCAUGGUAUUGGGAAAUCUUUUCUUUUUUUCUUGCAGUAACAGCCUCAAGUCCUCGUUCACACAAACUCUGUGAAAUUCUAAAAUACUUUUAGCUUCAGCAGCAUUCUUAUUUAACUCAGCCACAUAUUCUCACUCAGUACUGUAAAUAUAAAUGCAGCCCUCAAGGACUUUCUGGUUUACAUGUAAGAGAUGUGAAAGUCUGUUGAGUGCUUUAAAUCAGGACAAUGUCACAGAUCAUAACAAAGAAAGAUCACAUAUUAAACAAAACACGAGAAAAAAAGGAGGCAAUAUGCUUUUCAAAGCCAGAUCUUAAAUCGGUAUUUGCUACCUCAUUCUACCUAACCUUUGCUUUUUUCCUUUGUGUGUGCUCAAAGUCCACCUAAUCUAUAGACCUUACUGUGUUUUGUUUUAGUUGAAUAAAAGCAUCUCAGGGAAGAAGGGGUGUGAAUUACAGUACACUAACUCUGACUCUCUUUGCUUCCCCCUGGUGGUUCACUGUUGUUCUUGCUGAAAAUUAAAGCUACAGGUUUGCUGUUUAUUUAGUAAAAUCUGCUCUUGAAGAGGUAAUUUAUGUCUUUUAUGUUCCUAAUAAAUAAAGGCUGCAUGGCAAGCGCACGUGAUCCCUUUUUAAUUCA